AUGAACAGUAACUUCUGUCGAGCUCUGGUGGACCGCGGGCCCCCGGGGGGCAUGCAGCUGGGUGUCGUGGCCCCUGCUGGACAGACGCCGCUGGCGGCCACCGAGCCCCUGAGCAACGUGCCAUUUCUGUUGUACCCAGGCCACUCGGAGCCGUCUUACUACGACUACACCGGGGUGUUCCCCUACGUGCCCUUCCCCGGCGCCUUCGGGGUUUACGACUACCCGUUCGAGCCCGCCUUCAUCCAGAAGCGCAACGAGCGCGAGCGGCAGCGGGUCAAGUGCGUGAACGAGGGCUACGCGCGCCUCCGCGGCCACCUCCCGGGCUCCCUGACUGAGAAGCGGCUCAGCAAGGUGGAAACACUGCGCGCCGCCAUCCGCUACAUCAAGUACCUGCAGGAACUGCUGAGCGCCGCCCCCGACGGCGCGCCACCUCCCGCCACCUCCCCGCCUCCCGCCCACGCGGGCCACAGCAACGCGCCGCAGCCCCCUUCCCUGGUGGCCGAGUCCAGUGGCUCCUCCUUUUCCUCUUCGCCUUUUUUGGAAUCGGAGGAACCCAGCCUUUGA